AAUUUAUAUAAGAUUAUAUUUUUAUAAAAAAAUGGCACCGAGUAAAUUGGACAGUGUGUAUCGACGAUUGCUACUUACACGUUUUUUUGACAAAGGGUGGGGAAAGCCAGAAAAUUUGCAAAGAUUAUUUAAAUUUCGAAAAAUUAUAUCGCGGAGAGAAACUUGCUUUCCAUUAAUUCCGAACGAUUAUCCCGUAGAAAUAAUCAAAGAAGAGAAACAUCAAGAUUACACAAUUUUGGAAGGACAAUUUUUAACACCACUCGAAUUGCAUUUACCUGGCAUUGUUCCGAAACCAGUACAAGAUGCUCAUUUCCAAGUAGUUAUACCAAGAAAAUGGAAGGAUCAAUAUAAACCAAUCUGUAUUCAUUUAGCUGGAACCGGAGAUCAUUUUUUUUGGAGACGAAGAACCCUCAUUGCUAAGCCAUUACUUAAAGAAGGCAAUAUUGGAGCCAUAAUAUUAGAAAAUCCAUUUUAUGGGGCAAGAAAACCGGAUAACCAAGUACGAUCCAACUUGCAUAAUGUUUCUGACAUAUUUGUCAUGGGUGGAUGUCUUAUAAUGGAGUGCCUAGUUUUAUUGCAUUGGUGUGAGAGAAACGGUUUCGGACCAUUAGGAGUGACUGGACUAUCAAUGGGCGGACAUAUGGCGUCAUUAGCUGCAACAAACUGGCCGAAGCCAAUUGUGCUGGUGCCUUGUCUAUCUUGGUCCACAGCUGCUACGGUUUUCACAACAGGGGUUAUGAGUCAAUCAAUUAAUUGGGAUAUGCUUGAAACACAGUAUUAUUCAGAUGGGAAGUAUAGAGAACGAUUAUCUAAAAUGGUGACUAUAAUUGAUGACGCGUUCACCGCAGGUCAGAAGUUCAUGAAGGACUUUAAUCAGAGUCUGAUUGAAUUGAAAAAAGAUAUCACAUACACUAAACUGCUGCAAGGCACCAGCACGCUAAAAACAAGUGAAAACGUCAUCAAAAGCAAUAAGACGAUUGAAAAUUGUAAAAUGGAUAAAUAUUUUAAUGGGAUUGGCAAAAAUGAUUGUGUGACGCCAGAAGCUACUAAAGGAAAAAUCGAAUCUUCUUCAACAUUAACAAAAUUGAUGAAAUACAUUUUACCGACUACAAGUCGCAACGCUAGUCAUAGAAUAGAUAUAACAAAAACUAAUUGGUGGGAGCGAGAAGCUUUACAAUUCAUGAGAGGAAUGAUGGAUGAGUGUACUCACUUGAAAAAUUUCUCUGUGCCAUAUGAGACAUCAUUAAUUAUUGCAAUCUGUGCAAAGGACGAUGCAUAUGUGCCAAGAGAAGGAUGCUCUAGCCUAGAAGAGAUAUGGCCAGGAGUUGAAGUUCGCUACUUAGACGCUGGUCACGUUAGCGCCCACGUAUUACAUCAGAAAUUGUUUAGAUCUAGCAUAAUUGAAGCUUUCGAAAGAGCUAAAAAAAUGCACAGCACUCGAAAGGAGGAUUCGUCGGGCGAUAUGAAUACUUCAAAAUUGUCGUAUCAACAACUUUUAAAUAAAUAUGUAAACGCAUUUUAA